AUGGCCACCGCGCAGUGCGAGCUUUGCGACGAGAGCGGCGAUACCGUCGAGCGGCGAGUCUACCGCGCUAUCCGCCUGGCUCAAGGCCCCACGCCGGGUGAUAAGGAGCUUCCCGAGUCGCUCGGCUUCAUCAAGCGGCUUCGCAAGGAUUGGCUGGCGGCAGGAUCGCCCUCGCGCUGCAUAGAGGUCGCCGGUGGACACGGACUGGUGUCGCUACUUCUUCUGUCGCUCGGGCUGUCGCGCGACGCGACUAUUGUAGACCCGUUCCGACCUCGGUCCUUUGACACGCUGCUGUCGGCGUUCCGCGAAGCAGGGCUGCUUCCCGAGUCGUACUCGCUGCAGUACGACGAGAGGCCGCUCGAUGAGGCGCUGCCGUACCUCCUGCGUGGUGGUGAUGGCGGCGGCGGCGGCACUGUAGUCGUCGCCUGCCACGCCUGCGCGCACCUGACGCGGGACCUGGUCGAGAUUGCCGUCGCCGAGCGGGCCGCCGGCAUCGCUGUGAUGCCGUGCUGUCACUCGCGCCGCACCGUCGCAGGGGCCGACCGGACGAAACACGCGGCGGACGCCCUCGGGCUGCCGCUCGGCGUCGUCGCAGACAUCGCGCUGCUCGGCCGGCUCGAGGCUGCGGGGUACGACGCGAGGCUGAGGGUCGUGGAGGCGUGCGCGCCGUCGUCGAACCGCGUCGUCGUCGCCUUCCGGAGGGGGGAAGGGAGCGGCGGGGCGAGGCUUUGGGAGGGGAGCGCCGCGAGGGCGAGGGCGAGCGAGGGCCUGAGCCGGGCGUACGAGCGGGUGCACGCCGCGAGGCCGGCGGGCACCGGCAGAAAGGCGCGGAACCGGGAGCGAAGGGAGUACCGGGCGGCGCGGGAGCGCGAUAGGCUGCCGAGCGUGAAGAAUAAAGAUGCCGUCUAA